AUGCCGGCGAAACGUCUGAGAAUGUACCACAUCGACGGUCCUACUUUGCAAAUGAUGAUGCAUAGAAUGGACUCAGGACGAGACGCCUCGCACUCGACGCAGGCCACUUGCCAACGCUUCCUCUCCGGCUUCGUGGCCUGCGAGUCCGCCGUCCGGCGCUACCUGGUCGCUCGACAGGCCGGGCCCCUCCCGUACCCGCCCCUGCCCGGAACCGAGGCAGUCGAGUCCGAGUCCGGUAGGCGCUGCGACGCGUAG